CGUUACGAAAAAAUCAAAAGCCGUAACGGAAACGGCGUGUUAUUGUGUGCGGGGAUGUGUGUGUUGAUGUGAAGAUGAAAUUAAAUCUCUGCAAAAUAGUUGAUGGCUGUCGCCUUGGGACACUGACAAAUCUCGGCAAGAAAGCGGUUCAGUCGAUGGAAAUUCCAGGGUGUCUGCUUUAUACCAAAAUGGGAACAGCACCACACCUUACCCAUGAUACACUACACAGUGUUCAAGGUGUUCCUGUGGUUGCCCAGAUUUCACUUACAACACUAACAGAUCUUCAAGAGGUCUUGCAGGAAUAUAAAGAAGGAAUUGGAAAAUUCAUAGGUAUGCCAGAAUCAAUAUUAUAUUGUUCCCUUCAAGACCCUGCUGUUUGUUCCCCUCAUGGCUACAACAGCAAGAAGGCUGUAUCUAUAUGGAACAAUAGAGGACGGAAAGAACUCACAGCAUCAAAGUUCAUGGACAUCCAAAAGGCUAUCCAGCCAGACUGGUUCCAGUGUUUAGCAGAUGGAGACACUAUUUCAGGAGACAUAUCCAGAAAGAAAGCCAGGAAAUCUGUAGAUCGAUCAUUGUGCUUUUUGGAUGAAUGUCUACAGCUGCAAGAAAAUUCUCCAGAAUUGAAACAGAGUUUGAUGAUUGGGGUUAUCGAAGGUGGAGAUGUGUUGGAGGAAAGACUAAGAUCAGCCAGGGAGACUGCCAAAAGACCGGUGGCUGGAUUUCUUUUGGAUGCCUUUCAAGGAAAUACCAUGACUAAAGAGACUAAAUUGGAGCUCUUAACCUCAGUUACAGCUGAGCUGCCAGAAGAUAAACCAAGAUUAAUCCAUGGAAUUGGUAAACCAGAUGAAGUUCUGGAGUGCAUUAAAAGAGGAAUAGAUAUUUUUGACAGUUGUUUUCCUUAUCAGGUGACAGAACGACACUGUGCUUUGUCCUUCAGUUAUGAUUAUCAACUGAAUCCUGAAUCAGCAGAUAUAAAAGAAGAUGGAAAAACAGAGGUGAGGAAAGAUGAUGAAAAAACAAAAGAUGAAACAUGCAGUGAAGCUCAAGAAAAGACUUCAUUUGAAAUACAUUUGAGAGAAAUAAAGUACCAGGAUGAUUUUAAUCCUUUAGUAAAUGGAUGCUCAUGCUACUGCUGUCAAAACCACAGUCGUGCCUAUAUUCAUCACCUCGUCAUGACCAAAGAGCUGCUGGCUUAUGUACUUCUUAUGAUGCAUAACUUUCAGCAUUACUUUAGCUUCUUUUCUUCUAUCCGAAAUGCUUUGAAAGAAGAUAAGUUGGAUCAGUUAAGCAAGAUUAUCAGCAGACAAGCCCUCUGAGGUCAGAUAUGUAAAAAAGCAGAUUCCCCAACCUGGCUUCCCCUUCUGGAUCAAGAUUAUGGAGAAGAGCUGUUAUACCAUGAGGGUAGAUACCCAUGAUAAAAGAAAAUCCAUAUUUUGCCUGCUCAUAUCUCAUAUCUGAGUAUAAUUUUCUAAGUCCUUAUAAUUUUAGGAAAGAUUGACAUUUUCCCCCCAGAGAUAUUAAUCUUUGAAAAAGAUAAAAAUAAGGAUAUUCUCUAGAAGAAUUCACAUACUUUUCUGAAUUGUAUUAACUUAUGGACAUUUGAACUGCAAUGAGAAGAAAAGAACUAAUCGGAACAAUGGGAAAACAAUUCUGCAUCUAUUUGAGAUACAGGUGUACUACUAUUGUAUAUUAAUUUUUUAUUAUUAUUUUUAAAUAUAUCAGGAAGAGGUGACAUAUAGUAGCUAAAAAUCAUAGGAAAAAUAGUUCCUGUUAUAAAUUAUGUCUCACUUGGACACUUCUGAUGGUGGAAAGGUUUUAAAAUAAUGCAUUCCUUAAAGUCCUCUGUGUUCUUGUUAGAUAGAGAGCUUUUUUCAUACGUUGUAAGCUGCUUGUUAGAGACCCUGAUUUUAAUAAUAUCAAAAGAUAGCUGUUUUAUCUCGAGGGUAUGGAUUGCACUCUUUCAACAAUAUCCUUUUACGAUAAUGUUUUGGGAGGGGGAUGCAUAAGGUUUUGAUAGUAAAAGCAAAUACAACAAAUUAUGUAUUUCAGGUUUCUUUAGAUUAUUUGGUUCAACUUUCUUUUCUACUGGAUUUUUAUACUAUAUUUGAAUGUCAAAAAGUUUUUAUAUUAUUAAAUUUAUUAUACUGCAUGGGGAACUUUAAUAAAACCCUUAAAUUUUUGUAUUAUAUCUGGGAAAUGCAGUAAGGCAUGAGGGAGAGAAAGAGGGAGGGGCUCAUAAAAUAGAGAAAAACUGUGAGAGUGGGAAGACCAGGCAAGAUGAUCCUGCAAAAAGCCAAUAACUGGAUAGAUAGACUGAAUUUGUCAAGAACAAAUCUUAAUGGACUUACCUUAUCUCAUGUUUUGAUUGGGUAUUCAAACAUGUAACACCACUACAGUGUGAGCUGCAUUGGUUACCUGUGUUUCCAGAUGCAAUUCAAGAUUCUGUUUGUUAUCUUUAAAGCUCUUCAGGCUUGGGACCAGAUUACUUAAAACCAUCUUCUUGCAGUGAUUUCUACCUGUCCAAAUUUGUCUGAUAGGUUGAGCAUGCUAAAGGUCCUGUCAGCCAAGGAAUGUUGGCUGGCAGGGACUAGGAGAAAACUUUUCUUGCCGUAGUCCCUACCCUCUGGAACAUUCUCCCUUCAGUUAAGGAUGGUCACUGCAGAGAAGUACCACCAAAUGUAUUUCCUUAAUAGAUGAAACUCUAAAGAUCAGGGGUGUCAAACUCAAUUUUAUUGAGAGUUGCAUCAGGGUUGUUUGACCUUGCUGGGGCCAGGGUGGGCAUGGCCAGCUUGAUGUUACUCGUGUCAGGGGCGCCUGUAGUGGCCCAAGCGCUCUGCCAGUGAAAAGGGGCUCCCGAGCUCCAUUUUCAGCCGUGAUGGCCUCCUGCAGCCCUAUGCCAGCAAAAUUGGAGCUGGGGGGGGGGUUCGUGCACAGCCCCCCCCAGCUCCAUUUUCGCUGGCAGAGGCACCGUGGGCCGGUCCUUCGCUGUUUCCAGGGUGGCCUUGCAGGCCAGAUUUAAACAACCUGCUGGCCGGAUGCAGUCCGCAGGCCUUGAGUUUGACACCCCUUACUAUAGAUGAUGAGUCAAAUAGAGGUAACUGGGGAGAGGUAGUCCUUUAAAUAACUUGGUUUCAACCAUGUUGGGCUUUAAAGUUCAAUUACACCCAGAAGCAAAUCAGCAAUCAGCGCAGCUCCUGUAAAAGGUGACAGGUACACAGAUUUCACUUGCACAAAAUUGUGUGGACCACUGUUUUGAGCCAACUAAAACUACCAGGUACUCUUCAAAGGUAGUCCCAUGUAGAGCUCAUUGCAAUAGUCCAAAGGAGAGGUGACCAGGGCACAAGUGACUUUGAGAAGGGCCUGGUGAUGAAUGGAUAUAACUGGGACACAAUACACAGUUGUGCAAAGGCUCUCCUGACCAUUACUGCCACCAGUAGUUGUAAGUCCUGGAGAACCCCCAGGUUUUGAACCAGGUGUCUGGGGUACUGCUGUCCAGUCCAGAAGAUGGCAAUACUUCAAGAACCAAGGAACCCUGCAUCUAAUACUAUUCCAUCUUGCCAGGGCUCAAUUUUAACUUGUUGCUCCUCAUUCAGACCUCAACACCCUCCAGGCUCCAAGAGAGGACAGUUACAGCAUUGGAGUUAGUUGUUCUGGAAAUUUCAGCAAUGCAACUACAGAAAAACCUACUCAGUGGAAAAGACACAACAUCCCCAAUCACAGCUUUCAUGUGAAAUGACAGUACGUCUAAAACGAUAUCUAGGUCUCAUUUCUAAGCUUGACUAAGCUUUGGAAAAUCAUGUAGUUGUUAAUUUGUACAAUAAGUAAUCUAUACAUGCAAAUGGUUUUAAUUUUUUUACUGAUUUCACUGCUGAUAUUUUUAUAGUGCCUGUCUCCAUGUAUAUGAUUUCCAGAGUGAUCUUUGUUAACAUCUCAUAACAAAAAGAAAAAAGAAAAAAAGAUUACGGUUACCUCCCCUCACAAAUGUUAGAAAAUAAUGAGAAUCCUUUCUGUGAGAAAUUUAUUUUUAUUUAUUUAUUUAUUAAAUGUAUAUUGCCGCCUAUUCGCCAUGGUGACUCAAGGCGGCUUACACAAUAUAAAACUACAGUUAAAACAGUAAAACUAAUUCAAAAAUCAAAUAAAUUAAUAUAAUAAAAUCACCUCCCACCCCAGCAACAGCAGAUCACACGAGCCAUUUAAUGGCUCCCGCUCUGGGUUCUCCAGGCCCGCUGGCAGAACUAGGUCUUCAGCGCCUUCCAGAAGAGUAUUAGAGUGGGGGCCAUUCUAAUCUCUGGGGGAAUGAUGUUCCAGAGAGGGUGCCACCACGAGAAGGCCGUUCUUCUGGGUCCCAUCAGGUGUAUCUCCCUCGGGGAUGGGAUCCGCAACAUUCCCUGCCUCCCCGCUCUGAUGGGUUGGGUAGAUGUGAUCGGCAAGAGACAGUCCCUCAGAUAACCUGGUCCCAAGCCAUGAAGGGCUUUAAAGGAAAUGCUACAUGGCUGAGGCUAUUCAGAAGCUAACAGGUCAGAUAACAGGUGUAUAAACAAUUUUAGGAAAAUUAGGUAAUAGUAUAAUAUAACCUUAAUAUAAAUUCUGAACAAUAGUCCCUGAAUCAAUAGUCCCUCUCUGGAACUAGUUACCUCCUGAGGUCCGGACUAUCCCCACCCUAUUGGCCUUCCGAAAAGCGGUGAAGACCUGGCUUUUCCGGCAGGCCUGGGGCCGUUGAUCUGGCUCUUGAUCUGGCGUGAUCCGGCCAUGAAUGGCGUGAAUGAGUUUUUAAUGUUUUUAAUUUUAAAAUGUUUUUUAUAAUGAUUUUUUGAAAUGUAUUGUGAGCCGCCUUGAGUCUUUGGAGAGGGGCGGCAUAUAAAUUGAAUUAAUUAAAUUAAAUUAAAUUAAAUUAAAUUAAAUUAAAUUAAAUUAAAUUAUAUCAUCAAGCCACAUGAAUAUUGUUCAACUUCUGGAAUUAUUUCAGGGAGGAUAGUGAGUAAAACAAGCUACUAUUCUUCCUGGAAAAGCCACUUGGGACUAAUACAAACUACUACUACUAAAAAUACUGCACUGAUGCAAAUUUGAUUUAAUAGAUAUUUUAUAGUCUGCCAUAAUGAACUGCAUGUUUACAAUCAAUUCCAAUUCUUCAGAAUCAAAGCCCUAAACAAUGAUAUUAAAUGAUAGACACAAAAUGACACUAGUAAGAUUGCAGAGUAGCCAGCACUUUUAUUUAUUUUAUUUAUUUCGAAUUUGAGGGAGCUGGGGAAAUAUUCCAACUAUUGAGAACAUGUGAUACUAUGAGAAUAUAUUGAGGUUAAAGACAUUCCCAUUAAUAUGCAUGCAGCUGGAGAUUUGCACAUUGCAAUGUGCCAACUUCUAAUAAAUAUUUAUUUUAAAAUUAAAAUAAUUAUUUAAAAAAUAUCAAGUUGUGGAGCAAAUAGUCUGGGGACAAAAGGGAAGACUUCUGAGGCAUGGUGGAGGCCUUGGACACUGCUGCCUCCCCACAUAAAGUUUGAACAUUAUAUAGUCAAUUUUUAGUCAAGGUUUUCAGAGGAAUGGCACUACUAUAUGUAAUGGAAUUACAUAUUCCAAAGCUUUUAUAUUUGAAUAACAAACAUCGCUGUGUUUACAAUUAUCAGAACUGAUGGAAUGUGCACUGUAGUUCUACCAAAGCAUCCAAGGAAUCUGUGGAGGCUGAAUGGAUUUAAGAAGCAACAAUUUUAUGUAUGUUCAGUUCUGGAUGUACCCAAAUUGUAACAUAGGAUUGUAUUGUAAAUAAAUUAUCUAGAAACAUCACUGACA